AUGGAUACGCACAAAUCGACUGUAGCGACUCUCGCCUCGAAAGUCGCCCAGUUUAGUGCGUCAAAGACGCCCUUCCGCAUAUAUCACGGUUCCACACUAUCAACACGAAAAUCGUCCCGUGAACGCAAUCAGAUCAUCGAUGUGAGCUCGCUCAACCAUGUCCUACAAAUUGAUGAGCGCGAAAAGACGGUACUGGUGGAGCCGAAUGUUCCGAUGGACAAGCUUGUGGAGGCUACGAUGGUCAAGGAAUUGCUACCCAAGGUUGUUAUGGAGCUCCCCAACAUUACAGUUGGUGGCGGCGAUGAUAGAUUCGCUGGCACGAGCGGCGAGAGCAGUUCCUACAAAUAUGGACUCUUUGAUCGCACCAUAACAGCUAUCGAGCUCAUCCUGGGCAACGGUGAGGUUGUGUGGGCAUCAGCCGUACACCACAGCGACUUGUUCUUCACAGCAGCCGGAAGCUGUGGAAGUUUGGGCGUUAUCACGUUACUCAAGAUUGAACUCAUUGACGCCAAAGACUACGUAGAGUUGGAGUACGUACCAGUCAAGAGUACGAACGAAGCUGUCGAGCAGUUUCGACGCUACCAAGAGGAUGGUUCAGUCGACUACAUGGAUGGCAUCAUGUACUCAAUGAAUAGUGGCGUGAUCAUGCUUGGUCGUUUGACCAACAAAUCGACACACAUAAUUCAGAGUUUCGACAAGGCAACAGAUCCAUGGUUCUACAUGCACGCAGAAGACACGCUGAAGCAAAUCGAGGACAACGGAGCGACAUAUAAGGAGGAGAUUCCUACACAGUCGUACCUUUUCAGAUAUGACCGAGGCGUAUUCUGGUCGGGACUGCGUGCGUUUAAAUACUUUGUCACGCCAUUCAACCGUGUCACUCGCUUCCUGCUGGAUCCUUUCAUGUAUUCCCGGACUAUGGUGCAUGCAUUGCAUCGCUCGGGUCUGGCAUCUCGGACGAUCAUCCAGGACUACGGUGUUCCAUACGAUGCAGCAGAAGAGUUUGUCAAAUGGACUGAUGAGAGAACUGGUAUCUGGCCAUUGUGGCUGUGUCCGGUAAAAUCAGCGCCUUUUGAUGAACGUAGUUUCUCCCAAGGAAACAAUAUCAAAGAUGAUAUCCUCCUUGACGUGGGGAUCUGGGACAUGGGACCAAGCGAUGCUCAGGCUUUCAUCAAGCUGAACCGCGACUUUGAAGCAAAAGUUACAGAGCUCGGUGGCAUGAAAUGCUUGUAUGCACAUGCGUAUUACACUGAGCAGGAAUUCUGGGACACCUACGAUGAAAAGAAGUACAUGGAGCUGCGGAGGAAGUAUCACGCUGAGAGCCUACCAAGCGUUUACGACAAAGUCAAGGUCGAUCUCCAGGGCGUAGCGGGAGGAAUAAGGGUAGACAAGCGGGAGUCGUGGCAGGAAUGGGCACACCGGCAGUUCUGGAGUACAUGGCCGAUUGGCGGGUUGUAUGGUGUUGCGAGUGCGACCAAAGGGUUGUUUUUCAAGAGCGACUUUUUGCUUAAAAAGUAA